AUGAAGGACGUCUAAGCACUUAACUAAAACAUAGCAAAGGGGUUGGAAUUUUUGAACAUGCUUAAAGAAAUUGUCAAAAAGGAAAAUACCACCUUUUUAGAUAUUCAUUAUUACUUCCACUAAUUUUUCUAAUUAGUCAGGAUUCUAAUUUUGAAGUCGAAUCUAACAAGCAAAGCCAAAUAUUCCUUGCUAAAAUUAAAAAAUGUCUUUUAAGAAUACCCUGUACACAAUUUAGAAGCUUUUAUAGAAACUAAAAUGACAUUAAAGAUAUUAGAAACGUCUUAGAUGGAAAAUUACAUUGAUGUUGAACUGAAGUAGAUUCAAUGA